AUGAACACAGGAGGAGGAGGAGGAGAGGAAGGUUUCCUGCGUCUGACUGAUGACGAGGUGGUCCUGCAGUGUUCAGCCACUCUCCAUAAAGAGCAACAGAAACUCUGUUUGGCUGCUGAAGGCUUCGGGAACAGACUCUGCUUCCUUGAGUCCAUCUCCAACUCCAAGAAUGUUCCUCCUGAUUUGUCCAUCUGCACCUUCGUGUUGGAGCAGUCUCUGUCUGUUCGAGCGCUGCAGGAGAUGCUGGCCAACACAGAGGACAGGAACGAGGGGACGGGGCAGGGCGGCAGCCAUCGAACCUUACUGUACGGACACGCAGUGCUGCUGAGACACUCCUACAGCGGGAUGUACCUGUGCUGUCUCUCCACCUCCCGCUCGUCCACUGACAAACUGGCCUUUGAUGUCGGCCUGCAGGAGGACACGACAGGCGAGGCGUGCUGGUGGACUAUCCAUCCUGCCUCGAAGCAGCGUUCAGAGGGGGAGAAGGUCAGAGUGGGUGAUGAUCUCAUCCUGGUCAGCGUGUCCUCAGAGAGAUACCUGCACCUGUCGUAUGGAAACAGCUCUCUGCAUGUGGACGCAGCCUUCCAGCAGACUCUGUGGAGUGUAGCUCCCAUCUGUUCAGGAAGCGAGGUGGCUCAAGGUUACCUGAUCGGAGGAGACGUCCUGCGCAUCCUUCACGGUCACAUGGACGAGUGUCUGACGGUUCCAUCAGGAGAGCACGGAGACGAGCAGAGGAGGACGGUGCACUAUGAGGGCGGAGCUGUGUCCAGUCACGCCCGCUCUCUGUGGAGACUGGAGACUCUGAGGGUGUGGAGUGGGAGUCACAUCCGUUGGGGUCAGCCGUUCAGACUGCGUCAUGUGACCACGGGAAAAUACUUGAGUCUGAUAGAAGAUAAAUCUCUGCAGCUGCUGGACAAAGAACAAGCAGACGUCAAAUCUACGGCCUUCUGCUUCAGGUCGUCUAAGGAAAAGUUGGACCCUGGUGUGAAGAAGGAGGUGGAUGGGAUGGGGGCUCCUGACAUUAAAUAUGGAGACUCUGUGUGUUACAUCCAACACGUGGACACCUUUCUGUGGCUCACCUAUCAGACUGUGGACGCUAAGUGUGCUCGUAUGGGCGGAGUCCAGAGAAGGGCCAUAAUGCAUCACGAGGGUCACAUGGACGACGGGCUGACUCUGUCUCGCUCUCAACACGAGGAGAGUCGAACUGCACGAGUCAUCAGGAGUACUGUGUUUCUGUUCAACCUGUUCAUCAGGAAAAAGGGGCGGGGCUCCACUCCAGAUCUACCCAUAGAUUCAGUCAGUCUGAGUCUGGAGGAUCUGAUUGGAUACUUCCAACCACCUGGAGAUCACCUGGAGCACGAAGACAAACAGAACCGCCUGAGAGCGCUCAAGAACCGCCAGAACCUUUUCCAGGAGGAGUGUGUAAUCAUUAAUUGUAAUCUUUACAGCAGUGCAGCUCAUUUUACUGAAGCUGCAGGAAGAGAAGCAGGAGACGCCUGGAGCUCCAUCCUCAACUCUCUGUACCAGCUGCUGGCGGCUCUGAUCAGAGGAAACAGGAAGAACUGUGCUCAGUUCUCGGGCUCGUUGGAUUGGUUAAUCAGCAGACUGGAGCGGCUGGAGGCCUCCUCAGGUAUCCUAGAGGUUCUUCACUGUGUGCUGGUGGAGAGUCCUGAGGCUCUGAACAUCAUCAAAGAGGGACACAUCAAGUCCAUCAUCUCUCUGCUGGACAAACACGGACGCAACCACAAGGUACUGGACGUGUUGUGCUCUCUGUGCGUGUGUCACGGCGUUGCUGUUCGCUCAAACCAACAUCUGAUCUGUGACAACCUGCUGCCAGGAAGAGACCUGCUGCUGCAGACCAGGCUGAGCAACCACGUAAGCAGCAUGCGUCCAAACAUCUUCCUAGGUGUCAGCGAUGGCUCCGCCCAGUACAGGAAGUGGUACUACGAGCUGAUCGUUGAUCAGGCUCUGCCGUUCGUCACAGCGGAGGCGACUCACCUGAGGGUGGGCUGGGCCAACACAAACGGCUACGCCCCCUUCCCCAGCGGGGGGGAGGGGUGGGGGGGCAAUGGGGUGGGAGAUGACCUCUACUCGUAUGGCUUUGAUGGACUCCACCUGUGGUCAGGCUGCAUCGCUCGCUCUGUGAGCUCUCCUAACCAGCACCUCCUGAGGGUGGAGGACGUGGUGAGCUGCUGUCUGGAUCUGAGCGUGCCCAGUAUCUCCUUCAGGAUCAAUGGGCAGCCCGUGCAGGGCAUGUUCGAGAAUUUCAACUCUGACGGACUAUUCUUCCCCGUGGCGAGCUUCUCUGCAGGAGUCAAAGUGCGUUUCCUACUGGGGGGUCGUCAUGGAGAGUUUAAGUUCCUCCCCCCUCCUGGUUACGCCCCCUGCUACGAGGCCGUGUUACCCCGAGAGAAGCUAAAGCUGGAGCCCAGUCAGGACCAGACUGAGGACAGAGACCUGCUUGGACCCACCAUCACCCUGAGCCAGGCAGCCUUCACCCCCAUACCUGUGGACACCAGCCAGAUCGUUCUUCCUCCUCACUUGGAGAGAAUCCGGGAGAAACUGGCAGAAAACAUUCAUGAGCUUUGGGUGAUGAAUAAGAUUGAACUGGGCUGGACCUACGGAGCCGUGAGAGAUGAUAACAAGAGGCAGCACCCAUGCCUGGUGGAGUUCUCCAAACUUCCCGAGCAGGAGAGGAGCUACAACCUGCAGAUGUCUCUGGAGACGCUCAAAACUCUGCUGGCUCUGGGCUGCCAUGUUGGUCUGGCUGAUGAACACGCCGUGGAGAAAGUGAAGAGUCUGAAGCUGUCCCAAACCUAUGAGUUAUCCAGUGGUUAUAAACCUGCACCUCUGGACCUGAGUCACAUCAAACUGACCUCCACCCAGGAAGCCAUGGUGGACAAACUGGCUGAGAACGCUCACAACGUGUGGGCUAGAGACCGCAUCCGGCAGGGCUGGACCUACGGCAUCCAGCAGGAUGUGAAGAGCCGUAGAAACCCUCGUCUGGUCCCCUACAUUCUGCUGGACGAGAGGACCAAGAAGUCCAACAAAGACAGUCUGAGAGAGGCGGUCAGGACUCUGCUGGGCUACGGAUACAACCUGGAAGCUCCAGACCAGGACCACGCUCAGUGUGACCUCAGUAACAUGUCUGCUGAGAGGUUCAGAAUCUUCAGAGCAGAGAAAACCUACAGUGUGAACGCAGGGAAGUGGUACUUUGAGCUGGAGGUGUUAACAGCAGGAGAAAUGAGGGUGGGCUGGGCCAGACCAGGGUGCCUUCCAGACCACGAGCUGGGAUCUGAUGAUCAGGCCUUUGUGUUUGAUGGUUUCAAGGUCCAGCGCUGGCACCAGGGUAACGAGCACUUUGGGCGGGCAUGGCAGACGGGGGAUGUGGUGGGCUGCAUGGUGGACCUAAACGAACACACCAUGAUGUUCACACUGAACGGAGAAGUGCUGCUGGAUGACUCUGGAUCUGAGCUGGCAUUCAAGGACUUUGAUGCUGGUGAAGGUUUCAUCCCGGUGUGCAGUCUGGGGGUAUGUCAGGUGGGGAGGAUGAACUUUGGAAAAGAUGUCAGCUCUCUGAAGUACUUCACCAUCUGCGGACUGCAGGAAGGAUAUGAACCAUUCGCCGUCAACAUGAACCGGGACGUCACCAUGUGGCUCAGCAAGAGGCUGCCUCAGUUUGUACCUGUGCCCCCAAACCACCAACACAUAGAUGUGACGAGGAUCGACGGGACGGUGGAGUCGUGUCCAUGUCUCAGGGUCACUCAGAGGUCAUUUGGCUCUCAGAACAGUCACAAUGACAUCACCUUCUACAGACUGAGCAUGCCCAUAGAGUGUGCAGAGUCCUUCUCCAGAUCGCCACAUGACAGCCUCUUCUCUCCAAAGAGGAAACCAUAAUCCAUGUUGAUGGAGUUAAUCUUGAACCUCUCUCUCUUUGUUCAGCACCACUACUCAGUGCGGAUCUUCCCUGGUCAGGAGCCCAGCAGUGUGUGGGUGGGCUGGGUGACCUCUGACUUCCAUCAGUACGACCCCGGUUUCGAGCUGCACAAAGUCCGAACUGUGACUGUGACCCUGGGAGACGAGAAGGGCAAAGUUCACGAGAGUAUAAAGCGCAGUAACUGCUACAUGGUGUGGGCCGGAGAGAGCAGCAGUCCUGGUCAAGGGAGGAACAACAACGGUUUGGAGAUCGGCUGUCUGGUCGACACAACACACGGUCUACUGACCUUCACGGCCAACGGGAAGGAACUCAGCACGUACUACCAGGUGGAGCCCAGCACCAAACUGUUCCCUGCAGUGUUUGCCAAAGCCACCAGUCCCAAUGUAUUCCAGUUUGAACUGGGACGAGUCAAGAAUGUGAUGCCUUUGUCAGCUGGUCUGUUUAAGAGCGAGAGGAAGAACCCGGCUCCUCAGUGUCCUCCUCGACUGCACGUCCAGUUCCUCACACCGGUGUUAUGGAGUCGAGUACCAAACCACUUCCUCAAGGUCUCAGCGUCCAGAGUGAACGACAGACACGGCUGGCUGGUCCAGUGUACUGAACCUCUGCAGUUCAUGUCUCUGCACAUACCUGAGGAGAACAGGUGUGUGGACAUCCUGGAACUGUCCGAGCAGAGCGACUUGUUAAAGUUUCACUUCCACACUCUCAGACUGUACUCUGCUAUCUGUGCUCUGGGAAACAACCGGGUCGCUCACGCUCUCUGCUCACACGUGGACGAGUCCCAGCUGCUGCAGGCUAUCCAAAACAAAUACAUGCCAGGUCUGCUGCGUGCAGGUUACUACGACCUGCUGAUCGACAUCCACCUGAGCAUACGCCACAGCCACCUCAUGAUGAACAACGAGUACAUCGUCCCCAUGACCGACGAGACCAAGAGCAUCACCCUGUUCCCCGACCAGGACAAGAAGCACGGCCUGCCCGGCAUCGGCCUCAGCACCUCCCUCAGACCCAGAAUGCACUUCACCUCGCCCUGCUUCGUCUCACCCGGAGACUGUUUCCAGUACAGCCCCGAGUUCCCCUUAGAUGUCCUGAAGGUGAAGACAAUCGAGAUGCUGACGGAGGCGGUGAGGGAGGGCAGCUUGCACGUCAGAGAUCCUAUAGGGGGCAGCACUGAGUUCCUGUUCGUCCCCCUCAUUAAACUGUUCUACACCAUGCUCAUCAUGGGCGUGUUCAAGAACGGAGACCUGAAGAACAUCCUGAGGCUGAUCGAGCCCUCAGUCUUCUGUGUGAGUGGGGAGGAGCAGGAGGGAGUGCUGAAGGAGCAGGAGGGGGGAGGAAGAGGAGAGGAGGGGGGAAGGAGCAUGCCCAAAGAAGGACUCUUACAGAUGAAGCUACCUGAGCCCGUCAAACUACAGAUGUGCCACGUGCUGCAGUACCUGUGUGACUGUCAGGUGCGUCACCGGAUCGAGGCGGUGGUCGCCUUCUCUGACGACUUUGUGGCCUGUCUCCAAGACAACCAGCGUUUCCGCUACAACGAGGUGAUGCUCGCUCUCAACAUGUCCGCAGCGCUCACUGCCAGGAAGACCAAAGAGUUCAGGUCCCCUCCACAGGAGCAGAUCAACAUGCUGCUGAACUUUAAAGACAACAAACAGGACUGUCCCUGUCCCGAGUCCAUCCGAGACCAGCUGCUGGACUUCCACGAGGACCUCAUGAGACACUGUGGUAUAGAGCUGGACGAGGACCGAGCGAUCGGCGGAGACGGUGACUUCACCAUCAGGGGUCGGCUCAUGUCAUUGGUUGAGAAGGUAUCGUACCUGAAGAACAAGAUGGCCGCCCUUCCUGCAGAGAAGAAGCACAGGAAGCCCAGUACCUUACAACAGCUGAUCUCGGACACAAUGGUCCGCUGGGCUCAGGAGUCGGUCAUCGAGGAUCCAGAACUGGUCAGAGCCAUGUUUGUUUUGCUGCACCGACAAUACGACGGCAUCGGAGGACAGGUGCAGGCUCUCCCAAAGACCUACACCAUCAACUCGGUCUCCAUCGAGGACACCAUCACCCUGCUGGCGGCUCUGGGUCAGAUCAGAUCUCUGCUCAGUGUCCGGAUGGGCCGCGAGGAGGAGAAGCUGAUGAUCCGAGGGCUGGGUGACAUCAUGAACAACAAGGUGUUCUACCAGCACCCUAACCUGAUGAGAGCUCUGGGGAUGCAUGAGACCGUCAUGGAGGUGAUGGUGAACGUGCUGAGUGGAGGAGACUUGAAGGAGAUCACGUUUCCUAAGAUGGUGGCUAACUGCUGUCGCUUCCUGUGUUACUUCUGUCGAAUCAGCCGUCAGAACCAGAAGGCCAUGUUUGAUCACCUGAGUUACCUGCUGGAGAACAGCAGUGUGGGCCUAGCCUCUCCCUCCAUGAGGGGCUCGACUCCCCUCGAUGUGGCUGCAGCUUCAGUGAUGGAUAAUAACGAGCUGGCUCUGGCUCUAAGAGAACCCGACCUGGAGAAAGUGGUUCAGUACCUGGCGGGCUGUGGGCUGCAGAGCUGUGUGAUGCUCAUUCAUAAAGGUUACCCAGACAUCGGCUGGAACCCGGUGGAGGGAGAACGCUACCUCGACUUCCUGCGAUUCGCCGUCUUCUGCAACGGUGAGAGCGUGGAGGAGAAUGCUAAUGUGGUGGUGAGGCUCCUGAUUCGUCGGCCUGAGUGUUUUGGCCCCGCCCUCCGAGGUGAAGGUGGAGAUGGGCUGUUAGCAGCGAUGGAGGACGCCAUCAAGAUCUCCCAGGAUUCCUCCAGAGACGGACCGUCGCCGUCGUCUGAGAGCAGCAAGACCCUUGACAUCACAGAGGAAGAGGAAGAUGACACAAUCCACAUGGGUAAUGCCAUCAUGACAUUCUACGCUGCUCUGAUCGACCUGCUAGGCCGCUGUGCUCCAGAGAUGCAUCUGAUACAUGCAGGGAAAGGUGAAGCAAUCAGGAUCAGAGCCAUCCUGAGGUCUCUGAUCCCCAUCGAGGACCUGGUGGGAGUCAUCAGCAUCCCGUUCUCCAUGCCUAACCUGGGGACAGACGGUCACGUGGUGGAGCCUGACAUGUCAGCUGGUUUCUGUCCGGAUCAUAAAGCCGCCAUGGUUCUGUUCCUGGACCGAGUAUACGGCAUCGAGGACCAGAACUUCCUGCUCCACCUGCUGGAGGUCGGGUUCUUACCUGACCUGAGGGCCGCUGCCUCGCUCGACACGGUGUCUCUCAGUGCCACAGACAUGGCGUUGGCUCUGAACAGGUAUCUGUGUACCGCUGUGCUCCCUCUUCUCACUAAAUGUGCUCCUCUGUUUGCGGGGACUGAACCGUUCGCCUCGCUGAUCGACUCCCUGCUGCACACCGUGUACCGCCUGUCCAAAGGAUGCUGCCUUACCAAGGCCCAGAGGGACGCCAUCGAGGAGUGUCUGCUCGCCGUCUGUGGGAAGCUGAGGCCGUCCAUGAUGCAGCAUCUUCUGAGGAGGCUGGUGUUUGAUGUCCCGCUGCUCAACGAACACACCAAGAUGCCUUUAAAGCUGCUGACCAAUCACUACGAGCGUUGUUGGAAGUAUUACUGUCUGGCUGGAGGCUGGGGGAACUUUGGAGCAGCUUCAGAUGAAGAGCUGCAUCUGUCCAGGAAACUCUUCUGGGGGAUCUUUGAUGCUCUGUCACGCAAGAGGUACGAUCAGGAGCUGUUUAAACUCGCUCUGCCGUGUCUCAGCGCCGUGGCCGGAGCUCUUCCUCCAGACUACAUGGAGUCCAACUACAUGGCCAUGAUGGAGAAACAGUCAUCCAUGGACUCCGAGGGAAACUUCACCCCCCAGCCUGCAGACACUGCACAUGUUUGUGUUCCAGAGAAACUGGAUUAUUUUAUCUCCAGAUAUGCAGAACACAUCCAUGAGAAGUGGAGUAUAGAGAAGUUUUCUAGCGGCUGGUCGUUUGGAGAGCAGCUCUGUGAACUCUCUAAGAGUCAACCGUUACUGAAACCUUACAAAGGCCUCUCUGAGAAGGAUAAGGAUUCGUACUGCAUUCCUGUCAGAGAGUCUCUGAAGACAAUGUUAUCGUGGGGCUGGAGCAUUGACAGGAUCAGAGAAGGAGACCCUGCAAACCUGCACAACAAGUCCAGGAGGAUCUCACAGGCCAGCCAGCUGUCGUUUGAAGGAACUUCAUCUUUCAGCCCGAGACCGAUCGACAUGAGUAACGUCACUCUGUCCAGAGACAUGCAGUCUAUGGCUGAGCUGCUGGCUGAGAAUUAUCACAACAUUUGGGCGAGGAAGAAGAAAAGUGAGCUGGAGGCUAAAGGAGGAGGAAACCAUCCUCUGCUGGUUCCUUACGACACUCUGACGGCUAAAGAGAAAUCUAAAGACAGAGAGAGAGCUCAGGACAUCCUCAAGUUCCUGCAGAUCAACGGAUACACCGUGUCCAGAGGGGUUAAGUCUCAGGAGCUGGACACGCCUGCCAUAGAGAAGCGUUUCGCCUACACCUUCCUGCAGCAGCUCAUCACAUACGUUGACCAGGCUCACCAACACAUGAUGGAGUUUGAUUUGGGAACUCGACUGAAAGGAGACAAGAUUCCUCAUGAACAGCAGAUUAAAUUCUUUGGAAAGGUGGUCUUGCCGUUGGUGGAUCAGUACUUCAAAUACCAUAGGCUCUACUUCCUGUCCACAGCCAUCCAUCCAAUAAGCAGUGGAGGCCACGCCUCCAACAAGGAGAAAGAGAUGGUGACCAGUCUUUUCUGCAAACUGGGAGUUCUGGUCAGACACAGGAUAUCUUUAUUUGGUAACAAUGCCACCUCCAUAGUGAACUGUCUGCAGAUCCUGGGUCAGAGUCUGGAUGCCAGGACCGUGAUGAAAACCGGUCUGGAGUCGGUGAAGGUGGCUCUGUGCUCGUUCUUCGUCAGUGCAGCCGAGGAUCUGGAGCGGACUCAGGAGAACCUGAAGCUGGGUCAGUUCACUCACAGUCGGGAUCAGCCUCGAGGAGUCACUCAGAUCAUAAACUACACCACGUUCGCCCUGCUGCCCGUCCUCUCCUCGCUGUUCGAACACGUGGGCCUGCAUGGCUUCGGAGAGGACCUCAUACUGGACGAUGUUCAGGUCUCCUGCUACAGAAUCUUAAACAGUCUCUACCUGCUGGGAACCAACAAGAGCAUCUAUGUGGAGAGACAGCGUCCGGCGUUGGGGAAAUGUUUGGCAGCCUUCUCUGCAGCGUUUCCUGUCGCUUUCCUCGAGCCGCAAAUCAACAAGUUCAAUAGUUUCUCCAUUUACAACAACAGAGCGCACAACGACACAACAGCUCUGGGUCUACCUGAGCAGGUGGAGGAUGUGUGUCCGCUGGUCCCUAACCUGGAGAAGUCUCUGGAGGAGAUCUUGGAGCUGGCAGAGUCGGGCAUGAGAUAUAACCAGAUGCCUCAUGUCAUGGAGGUGGUGCUGCCCAUGCUGUGCAGCUACAUGUCUCACUGGUGGGAGCACGGAGCAGAGAGUCACCUGGACAGGCGUGACACAUGCUGCACAUCGGUCACCUCUGAUCACAUGAACUCCCUGCUGGGGAACAUCCUGAAGAUCAUCUACAACAACUUGGGCGUCGACGAGGGCACAUGGAUGAAGAGGCUGGCUGUAUUCUCUCAGCCGAUCAUCAGUAAAGCUAAACCUGAGCUGUUAAAAACUCACUUCUUGCCUCUCAUGGACAAACUGAAGAAGAAGGCGGCGGUGGUCCUGUUGGACGAGGAGCAGAGUCGGGCGGAGGGACGGGGGGAGAUGUCUGAGACGGAGCUCCUCAUCAUGGAUCAGUUCACUGUGCUGGUCAGAGACCUGUACGCCUUCUACCCCUUGCUCAUACGAUUCGUCGACUACAACAGGGCUCGCUGGCUGAAGGAGUCCAGUCCAGAGGCCGAGGAUCUGUUCCGUAUGGUGGCCGAGGUUUUCAUCUUCUGGGCCAAAUCUCACAACUUUAAGAGGGAGGAGCAGAACUUUGUGGUGCAGAACGAGAUCAACAAUAUGUCGUUCCUCAUCACAGACACUAAGUGUAAGAUGUCAAAGGGCAUCGUGUCGGACCAGGAGAGGAAGAAGAUGAAGAGGAAGGGCGAUCGAUACUCCAUGCAGACCAGUCUGAUCGUGGCCACUCUGAAACGUCUGCUUCCUGUCGGUCUGAACACCUGUGCACCUGGAGAACACGAGCUCAUCGCCCUCGCCAAGAACAGGUUCAACCAGAAAGACACAGAGGAGGAAGUCAGAGAGAUCAUCAAGAACAACCUCCAUCUUCAGGGGAAGCUGGAGGACCCGGCGAUCCGCUGGCAGAUGGCUCUGUACAGAGAUCUACCAAACCACCCAGAGGACUCGUCUGAUCCUGAGAGGACUGUGGACCGAGUGCUGGACAUCGCUCAUGUCCUCUUUCACCUGGACCAGGUUGAACACCCUCAGCGCAGUAAGAAGGCCGUGUGGCACAAACUUCUCUCCAAGCAGAGGAAGAGAGCCGUUGUGGCCUGUUUCAGGAUGGCUCCUCUCUACAACCUGCCCAGGCACCGUGCCGUGAACCUGUUCCUGCAGGGCUAUGAGAAGUCGUGGAUCGAGGCUGAGGAGCAUUACUUUGAGGACAAACUGAUCGAGGACCUCGCUAAACCAGGUGAUCAGGAGAUGUGUGAAGAGGAGGAGGGGCUAAAGAACAUCGAUCCUCUUCAUCAGCUCAUCCAGCUGUUCAGCAGGACAGCCCUGACCGAGAAGUGUAAACUGGAUGAAGAUAACCUAUACAUGGCGUACGCUGACAUCAUGGCAAAGAGCUGUCAUGAUGAAGAGGACGAGGAUGGAGAGGAAGUCAAGAGCUUUGAAGAGAAGGAGAUGGAGAAACAGAAGCUGUUGUAUCAGCAGGCUCGUCUCCACGACAGAGGAGCAGCAGAGAUGGUUCUUCAGACCAUCAGCGCCAGCAAAGGUGAGAUGGGUCUGAUGGUGGCAUCCACUCUGAAGCUGGGCAUCGCCAUCCUGAAUGGAGGAAACUCGACGGUCCAACAGAAAAUGUUGGACUAUCUGAAGGAUAAGAAGGAUGUGGGUUUCUUCCAGAGUCUGGCUGGUCUCAUGCAGUCCUGCAGUGUUCUGGACCUGAAUGCGUUUGAGCGUCAGAACAAAGCAGAAGGUCUGGGCAUGGUGACCGAGGAGGGAUCAGUCAUCACUCAUGAGCGUGGUGAGAAGGUCAUGCAGGAUGAUGAGUUCACCUGUGACCUUUUCCGCUUCCUGCAGCUGCUGUGUGAAGGACACAACUCAGACUUUCAGAACUAUCUGAGGACUCAGACUGGAAACAACACGACAGUGAACAUCAUCAUCUCUACGGUGGAUUACCUCCUCAGAGUGCAGGAGUCCAUCAGUGACUUUUACUGGUAUUACUCUGGUAAAGACGUGAUUGACGAGCAGGGUCAGAGGAAUUUCUCCAAGGCGAUAAAUGUGGCCAAACAGGUGUUCAACACUCUGACCGAGUACAUCCAGGGUCCGUGCACGGGGAACCAGCAGAGUCUGGCUCACAGUCGGCUGUGGGAUGCUGUGGUCGGCUUUCUUCACGUUUUCGCUCACAUGCAGAUGAAACUGUCUCAGGACUCCAGUCAGAUCGAGUUACUGAAGGAGCUGAUGGACCUGCAGAAGGACAUGGUGGUCAUGCUGCUGUCCAUGCUGGAGGGUAACGUGGUGAACGGGACCAUUGGGAAGCAGAUGGUGGACAUGUUGGUGGAGUCAUCCAACAACGUGGAGAUGAUCCUCAAGUUCUUCGAUAUGUUCCUCAAACUGAAGGACCUGACGUCGUCCGAUGCCUUCAAGGAGUACGACCCCGACGGGAAAGGAGUCAUCUCCAAGAGAGACUUCCACAAAGCCAUGGAGAGCCACAAACACUACACCCAAUCUGAAACCGACUUCCUGCUGUCCUGUGCUGAGACCGACGAGAACGAGCUGCUCGACUACGAGGAGUUUGUGGAGAGGUUUCAUGAGCCGGCCAAGGACAUAGGCUUCAAUGUGGCAGUCCUGCUGACCAACCUGUCGGAGCACAUGCCUCAUGACACACGGCUACAGACGUUUCUGGAGCUGGCCGACAGCGUCUUGAAUUAUUUCCAGCCUUACCUGGGACGCAUUGAGAUCAUGGGCAGUGCCAAACGCAUCGAGAGGGUUUACUUUGAGAUCAGCGAGUCCAGCCGGACGCAGUGGGAGAAGCCUCAGGUGAAGGAAUCCAAGCGUCAGUUCAUCUUUGACGUAGUGAACGAGGGAGGCGAGAAGGAGAAAAUGGAGCUGUUUGUCAACUUCUGUGAGGACACCAUCUUUGAGAUGCAGCUUGCAGCUCAGAUGUCCGACGCCGGAGAGCGCUCGGCCGUCAAAGAGGAGAGCGAGCGAGAGAAACCCGACGAGGAGAGUCCUGAGAUGGGCUUCUUCUCUGUCACCACCGUCCGUAUGGCUCUGUUAGCUCUGCGCUACAACGUCAUGAUGUUAAUAAAGGUUCUGUCGAUGAAGAGUGUGAAGAAGCAGGUGAAGAGGAUGAAAAACAUGACGCUGAAGGACCUGCUGACCACCCUGAUGGCGUUCUAUUGGUCCUUCCUGCUAGCACUGCUGCACAUGGCAUUUAGCGUGGCCAGAGGUUUCUGCAGGAUCUUCUACAACAGCUUCAUGGGUGGGGGGCUGGUAGAGGGGGCCAAGACCAUCAAGGUGUCCGAACUGCUGGCCAAUAUGCCCGACCCCACGCAGGACGAGGUAAGGGGAGAGGGGGAGGAGCGUGAGAAGAGACCCUCCCCUCAGGAGGACCUGGCCGACCUGGCGGUGAACACCAGCGAGACAGAGCUGCUGUCGGACAUCUUUGGUCUGGACUUAAGGAGGGAGGGGGGGCAAUACAAGAUCACCCCCCACAACCCCAAUGCCAGCCUCACCGAGCUGCUCAACUCCCCCGUACCCUCCCCAACACCCCAAGCCCCACCCACAGCACCCCCACCUGAGCUCAGACAGAGGCAUCAGUCGAAGAGUCCUUCCUGUGAGGAGAAAGAGGCGACAGCAGACACACAAUCGGAACCAGAGAAAACAUCAGAGGUUGUAGAGAAGCAGGAGAAACAGGAGAAGAAGGAAAAGACGAUACCCAAAGUAAAGAGACUUCACACUUCAAAGUCUGAUGAACCCGACCUUCAGGAGUCUGCUGUCCUGAAGAAGAUCAUCGCCUACCAGAGGAAGCUUCUGAAUUACUUUGCCAGAAACUUCUACAACAUGAGGAUGCUCGCCCUGUUUGUCGCCUUCGCAAUCAACUUCAUCCUGCUUUUCUAUAAGGUCUCCACAUCUUCCUCCGUGGUGGAGCAGAGGGAGGUGGUGUUGACAAGCGGCCGUUUAGACAGCAGUGUUCAGUGGGACCCUCUGGGAGGAGAAGCAGCGGAGGUGAAGGAGGAGGUGCUGGAGGAGGCAGGGGAGGUGCUGAAGCCGGUCACAGUGCGUUUCGUUCUGGAGGAGAGCAGCGGCUACAUGGAGCCUAUGUUACGAAUCCUUGCCAUUCUGCACACUGUCAUCUCCUUCUUCUGCAUCAUCGGAUACUACUGCCUCAAGGUUCCAUUGGUGAUCUUUAAGAGAGAAAAGGAAGUGGCGAGGAAACUGGAGUUUGAUGGUUUGUACAUCACAGAACAACCAUCAGAGGACGACAUCAAAGGACAGUGGGACAGACUGGUCAUCAACACUCAAUCUUUUCCAAAUAAUUACUGGGAUAAGUUUGUGAAGAGGAAGGUGAUGGAUAAAUACGGAGAGUUUUACGGACACGACCGAAUCAGCGAGCUGCUCGGGAUGGACAAAGCUGCUCUGGACUUCAGCGACGCUCAUAAGAAGAGGAAACCUCGCAGAGAUGGCUCACUGGCUGCUGUACUGAACUCCAUCGAUGUGAAAUAUCAGAUCUGGAAGCUCGGAGUUGUUUUCACCGACAAUUCAUUCCUGUACCUGGCCUGGUACAUGACCAUGUCAAUCCUCGGUCACUACAACAACUUCUUCUUCGCUGCUCACCUGCUCGACAUCGCUAUGGGCUUCAAAACGCUGAGGACCAUCCUGUCGUCUGUCACACACAACGGCAAACAGCUGGUGCUGACGGUGGGUCUGCUGGCCGUGGUUGUGUAUCUCUACACUGUGGUGGCCUUUAACUUCUUUAGGAAGUUCUACAAUAAAGGAGAGGAUGGCGAACUGCCGGAUAUGAAGUGUGAUGACAUGCUGACAUGCUACAUGUUCCACAUGUAUGUAGGGGUGAGGGCAGGGGGAGGAAUCGGGGACCAGAUUGAGGACCCAGCAGGUGACGAGUACGAGAUCUAUCGCAUCAUCUUCGACAUCACCUUCUUCUUCUUCGUCAUCGUCAUCCUGCUCGCCAUCAUCCAGGGUCUGAUCAUCGACGCUUUUGGAGAACUCAGAGACCAACAGGAACAAGUGAAGGAAGACAUGGAGACUAAAUGUUUCAUCUGUGGGAUAGGGAACGAUUACUUCGACACAGUUCCACACGGCUUUGAGACGCACACACUGCAGGAGCACAACUUAGCCAACUACCUAUUCUUUGUGAUGUAUCUUAUCAACAAAGAUGAAACAGAGCACACAGGACAGGAGUCGUAUGUUUGGAAGAUGUACCAGGAGCGCUGCUGGGAGUUCUUUCCUGCUGGUGACUGUUUCCGGAAACAGUACGAGGAUCAGCUCAACUGACCCCUCCCUGCCCCGUCUCCUGCUGUGAGGAGGUUCAUCUGCUCUCCUCUGCAGGUGUGAGCCUUCAUCCUCCUCCUCAUCACACCCUGAUAGGAAUGCUUUGCAGACUCUGUACAUAGAUCAGAAUAUAUGCUGUACAGGAUAAUCUGGAGGUGCGUCAAGGCUUCAUCGUACUCCACGUUCACAGAAACAAGCAAAAAAACAAACAAACAGACAGACGAACCACGGAGAGAGAGAGAGAGAGAGAGAGAGAGAGAGAGACAGAGAGAGACUAGAUCUUCCUGAAGACUGGAGGAUGUGAUGGAUUCAUAACAAGCAGAUAUUUUUAUGACAAUGUUUACAAUUUUUCAUGUUUUCAUUGCACGCUGCAUGUCGCUGCAGAUUGUGGACAACAACAGCUGAACAACAUGUGAACAACCUGCUGAGAUCCAGCAGCACUGAUCUGGGUGAAGCUGUGAGGCCUGUUCAGCUGCUGAUCAGGUGAAGGUAACCAGAAUAAUCCAGCUGUGCAGCACAGAUGAUCUCAGAGCUCAGUCAGACCUUAAAGAGUUCACAGAUGUUCAUGUUGUGUCCACACUCUGCACACACACACACACACACACACACACACACACAGACACACACACACACACACACACACACACACACACACACACACACACACACACACACACACACACACAAUCACUGUGUGUGAAGGGCUCCUGAACACACAAAGCUAGCUACACAAUCGACUGUCUGUUCAGUUUCAGAGGAGCUGAGGGAACUAGCAACUCUGCUAUGUGUGGACAACAACAAGUCAACGAGUCCUCACUCUACUGCAUCUUUUUUUUUGUUGAAAAAUCAACAGAAGUUCCUCAAAGUAGAAUCUGUAUCUGAUCUCGCUGAUGACUCUUGUGUUCCUGACGGCUACUCAGACUGACAGCAGUCUCUGAACACAUCAGUAAUCCUCUGAGCAUGGUUUAUCCUGUGGGAGCCACUCUAAGGGCUUCCUGUGUAUCCGUCAGUCAGAGAUAAAGAAUGGCGCUGGAGAUGAGACACAACAUCUCAGAGCAGUCUGUUAGCUAUAUUUACCUCCACAUAUCUCUUUAGUUAGAGAUAAAUCAUCAUCAGGUGACCUGUGAUUCAUUCUGAGAUUGGAUUUGGCUGGAUUCUGUUCCACCUUUGAAUCUGCACAAUGAGGGUCUGAUUCACUAAGAAUGAUUACAGUCUCUUAUAUAUCCAUAAAUCGUUCAUGUUCUCCCUCCCUCUGCUCAGUCUCUGAGUCUAACUCUCAAAGCAUAUAGUUCUGAUUAUAUUCAGAAACAAACACAGUUAGCUCUUGUUUAGUGUGUGAAUGUGGAGAGAAGCUAUCUGCAGCUUUACUCUGCACAGAGCUGCACUCUCAAACUGACGGAGCUGCACUGUCAGGCUGACGGAUCUGCACUCUCACGCUGACGGAGGUCAGUUCUGUCCACAUAAAGAAGAUGAGAAACUUUUGCCACUUUAUCAAGAGGACACUCUGAAACGGUGAAACUCCAAUCAAAUCUUGAAACAAAGCUUCCACCCUGAAUGGAGCGAGGAAGGACGAUUCAAAGACAACAACAACAAUGUUCUCAUCUUUGUCAUGGUAACGGCUCCAGAGAUGUCGAGCCGCUGACAGCCCCGGACUGAUUUAACCCCUGGUUCAUAUCAGAGUCAUAUUUACAGACUUUAUUUACAGAGCUUUUAUUUUGAAUGCAUACAGAGGUGGAAGUGUUUUCUUGAUCACUGGAAAGUUUGAGUGUCACAUCUCUUAGAAAUACGGCAGCGCAGUUACCACCAACUCAGUUUAAUUAACGGUUUUAACACGAAACUCUGAGAUCAGGACUGAACUUCAUCCAGACAAAUGUCAUUAAACAUUUUAUAUCCCAUUUCUUUGAGUUCUAAGGAUAGCUCCUUAUCCAGCAUGUAUGUUCUGCCCUGCAGUUCACAUCACAGCCUCUAGGUGUCACUCGAGAUAAUCUUAUGUAAUUAUUGCUGCUCAAUCACAGCUCCAGGUACAUUUGUUUUUCAAUGGUUUUGUUAAAUGAAAAGCAAAAAGCAAUACCAAAGCAGCAAAAACACUCAUUUUUCACAGUUUGCAUUAGCAUUAGCCUGUUAGCCUAGAUAAGAGGGGAGGGGGGGAAGAGGAAACAGUGCCUUAUGAAGAAAGUGGGGUGGGGGUGGCGGGACAGCUCAGUGCAGAGAGAGAGAGAGGGCUACACAUACACACUCACACACACUCUCUGUUACACACACACACACACACACACACACACACACACACACACACACAGGCUCAUUAAACUCGUUCAGUCUGAAGGUUUGAAAGAUUUUCUGAUGUUUGAGGAACAAAAUAAUCUUUAUUAUCGUGGUUUUAUUAUUUCUUUAAAUGCUAUUAUUUGAUAUGUUCUGUUUCCUCGGCGACAGGAGCUGUGUGAUGAUUGGUUCAGAGCUCAGAUAGUUUUGAAUGUUUUGGUUAUUUUGAGAUGAUUUUAUGCAACACGUCAGAGAUCCACUUUAUGUACAGACAUGUUCAGAAUAACGUCAUCGCAUGUUUAAAUAUCUCAAAGACUGUGAAUGAACAACGAGUCGGAGUUUUUCAGAUGAAUGUGUGGAACAUGUGGAAACAUCUGUUUAAGAAUCACUCUUUAAGAUUUAUUUGAUGAAACAUCAGCAAUAGAUGAAGUGUCAAAUAUAAACACUUCAAGCUUUCCUUUGUCUCACAUUAUAAUGAUUUAUUAAUCUUAUCUGUACUUUAAUGGAAUAAGUUGAAUAUGCUGUAAAUAUAAGGAAACAUAUAAAACUGAAUAUUAUUAUUGUGGCUCUUUAAACAAAACGACACAAACAUCAACGUUUGCCUGAACAUCGUCACACUUCAACAGCUGAUUUAAAUAUUUCAAUUUAAAUCGCUUUCCAAUUAUGCAAUUGUAACUUUAGCCAAUCGCAGAACAGGCCCACACCGUCUGUGGAGAGGACAUUUUGAUUCUUUAUGAACAGCUUAAAAAGUUGUAGUUGUAGUUAGCAUCUAUGCUAGCUAAGCUAGCUAAACUAGAAUCUGCUGCUAAUAAAAUGUGAAACCUUUAAUCUCAGCUGUUUGUCUCAGACUUCAUGAAAAGAUAAAAAUAUAAUUUCAGAGGAUGUUGAAUCAGACAUGCGAUGAUGUUGUAGUUUUGUUUGUGUCCUCCAGGGGCUGCUAAAGAGCACCUUUAAUGUUGAGUGAGGCUGCAUGAGCGGUUAGCAUUAGCACUGAGUGUACAGGUGAGUGUGUAUUAUAAAGCCCAUUAAACCAUGAUGACGUCAUGCAUAUUUCAUUUCCUCAGUUUCACCAUCAGACUGAAUAACAAUAAGAUCAGCGUGUGCAGAAACAUGAAGCUGUAUGACGGACGUGCACGUGUGAGCGCAGAGACCACGUCUGCUGUUUCUCAGCUUCACUCUAAAAGUCUUUAACUCAUGAAUGGAUCUGCAUGAUUUUCAAAAUAAAACUUUAUUUAUAAACUUGUGAAAA